GCGUGGUUUUCAGAUCUCUGGUUGCGUGGAGUGUUGUUGUUGAUGUCAUGUUUAAUGUUUGAUUGAUGGGAGAUUAUAUGUAAUAUUGUUGCAAUUGUAAUCGAGAAGUAAUGGCGAAAAAUACAUCAAGUUCUGCGUUCCGGAAGAUAGAUGUUGAUCAGUACAACGAGGAUAAUUAUAGAGAGGAAGAGCAAGUUGAGUUACAGUCAACGCCCAUCGGUCCGGAUGAAGCAGAAGUCGGUGGCCUCAUGAAUCAAGGACGCUAUGUGGAUGCAUUGAAAUUAGUACUAAAGAAUGCUCCAUUAGGAUCUAAAAGUCAGCAAGUUAAGGACAAUGCAUUAAAUUUGACAUUGAGGGUAUUAUUGUCCAUCAAGUCAUCUCAAAUAGAAGAAGCAGUUGCAGCCCUUGACAGAGACCUUAUUGAUGUCCUUAUGAAGUACGUCUACAGAGGCUUCGAGAUGCCAUCAGAAGGGAGCAGUGGUCACUUACUGCUUUGGCAUGAAAAGGCGUACGCUGUUGGAGGUGUUGGAAGCAUUAUGAGGGUGCUGUCUGACACAAAGAGAGCAUAAAUAUGUUUCACGUGUAUAGUUUUUGUGCAUUGUUAAGAAACAAGGAGACUUGCAGUCUAACAAAGCUCAGUGUGAAUGUGAAUACAGUAUACAAUGUGUAAAAUUAUUGAUCAAAUUCAGUGAUUAUGUUUUAAUAUUUUGUGUUUGUUGUUGGAAACUACGUAAUUAUUUUGGUGAGUAUAAUUUGUUCAAGCAUUGUAUCACUGCUGAAAAAUGCUGUCUGAUUAUUGCAUCAGUGUUUGUACAAUUCACUUUGACAGAAAAUCUACACCUACAUAGUUUACUAGGAAAUGCACAUUUGUGUUUCAAUAUAGAAAUUAUCAUAUAGAAGAGAAAAAACACUUUUCUCUAUGAAAGUUUGAUCAGUAUUAGGCCAUUAGAUGCCACGACAAUGGGCAUCGCGUAUGCAUGCUUUUUGAUUAAUAUAUUUUCAUGUCGGAUAUGAGAUAACUGGAACAACUAUAACAUAGUUUCCAUCCUUUUUUUUUUUUUUUUUUUUU